UUAGUUCUGGAGAAGCAGCGGAGGAGUCAAACAGAGCUUCAUCAGGAGCAGGUCUAAUGAGGAAUAGGAUGGAGGUUUUGUUCAGGAUGAAGACUGCUGGGGUUGUUUUGUUGACGCUGUGUCUUCAUCAGAUUUACUUUUCUUCCGCUCAGGAGUGUCCAUCCACCCACAACCUGGUGAACUCGCUGCGGCAGGUGGAGAAGAUGUUGGCGGUCCAUGAAGCAUCUUACCAGCAGGGCCUGCGCUCGCUCAGGAAGAAGAUUAACGCUCUGCACAACAGCACCAUGGCCAUCUUUAAGACCGGUGCAUCCUGCCCCAAACCAGAACCCCCCACUCACGGCCGCAGACUGGGCCGGGUGUUUGGCAUCGGACACGAGGUCCACUUCCUGUGUAAGCCUAACUACGAGCUCAUUGGCCCACGGACCCGAGUCUGUCUGGAGUCUCUGAAGUGGAGCGGACAGCAGCCAAUGUGCCGACGUCUCAACAGCACCGACAACUCGCUGGCCUCCUUCUCUCCUGCUGCUCCUUCCUCUUCCUCCUCCCUUCCUAUGUCUGCUGCUCUGUCAGCAUCCUCCUCCUCUUCCUCCUUCUCCUCCUCCUCCUCCUCCUCUUCCUCCUCCUCUUCAUCACCCACUCCACCUGCCUCCGUCCGUCCGUCUCACUGCACUCACUUCCUGGGCUCCACCCGCUGCACCUGUGAUGUUGGUUUCACCAUAUCCGGCCGCGACAACAACAUCUGCACAGAUAUCGACGAGUGUCGCCUGUUUCCUCUCGGUCAGCCCGGCCGACUCUGCGUCCACCAGUGUGUGAACACGCCCGGCAGCUUCCACUGCUUCUGUCCAGCCGGCUACGACCUCGCCAGAGACGGCCGCAGCUGCACAGACAUCGACGAGUGUGAAAACCGGAUGCACAACUGCACACUGGACCAGGUGUGUGUGAACACCUACGGAGGGUUCCAGUGCGUGGCGGUGGAGUGUCCUCACCUGAAGAACGCCACGUACAUCAAGACGUCGCCAAUGCGCUGUGAGAGGAACCCGUGCAUGCUGGGAGACAAAGGAUGCACCCAGGCACCAAACUCCAUCUCCUUCCACUUCCUGUCUGUAGUGUCCAACAUGUCCGCCCCCCGCGUCCUCUUCCGGGUGUCGGCGGCCCGCGUGCUGGGCGACACGCUGCGGUUCGGCCUGGCGGGCGGCCGUGGGCGGGGCCACUUCAGCGUGCAGCGCUCCGGCCGGCAGACAGGCACCCUCCUCCUGGUGACGCCCAUCAAGGGUCCGGCCACUCUGGAGGCGGAGGUGGAGAUGAGCGAGCUGGAGCAUCACUCCCUGCUGGGUCGCUACCUCACCAAGGUCACCCUGUUCGUUUCUCCGUACGGGUUUUAGGGGACGGUUGACGGGUUCAACGGCGUUCGGUGGCCAUUUCUGACUCAGUUAUAGCAGUUUAUAAAGAGUCCAACGAACUUUUACAGUCCAGCUGAGGUGAUUUUUAAAUAUAUUGUUAUUUUUAUUAUUGAGAGGAAGAAAAAAGGUCUUUGUAAAUACGUCUGAAAUGCUCCUUUAACCUCGGAGUGUUUGAUCGACAGUAGCUGCAGUUUGUCGCAGGAAGCGAACUUUAACUUUCAAUGUUCAUCACGUGGCGCACACUGGUCCAAAAAUCAGAAACUGAGCAUCACAAUUCCCCCCAAAUGACUCUUUUAUUCAGGAGUUUUAUCAAUUUGGUCCAGUUACAACCUGAGGAGGCGUUUGUGUCCAUUCAGCAGCUUUUACAGGAACAGAUAGGGCGCCAUUUUUGUUUGUGACUAAUGGAUAACUAUUACAUUACAGUCACAGAGCAGAGUAUUGGGUUUCCUAAAGAAUAAACAUCUUUAUCUUUCUGUCUGCUGCACAAUAAGAUUUUAAACUAUGUUUCCCCAAGUUGGGAUGGUAGACAAACUUAGACUGACAGGAUUAUCAUUCUUUUUAGAUACAAAAUAAAAUAAUUUCCCAGAAACAUACAGACUUAACAGGCUUCUUUUUUGACAAAUUCAGUGUUUUCUUGGCCAUAUUUUGAUAUUUUCUUACACCCGUUAAAAUCAAGAAGGCUUAACGAUCCCCCAUGAAGCUCUGGCGACCCCUGGUGGGGGUAUGACAGAUCAUUUCCAGCUUCCUAGAUAGAAAAUACAGAAAAAACCAGAGAAACUAAAUAAAAAUCUAUCUUAUAGUGCAGAAGACUUUUAUUAUUUUAUAACUAGGAGUCAGAACAGCUGUAAGAGUUUUAAAACCUUACAAAGUUUGCUGGGUAUUUAUUUAUUUUUCAGAAAAAGAGAUGCUCUGGGACGAUUCUUAUAUUCAGGUGAUCAAACACUAAUGAAAACAUACUGAUUAAUAUUAUUUGCCAUUCCUGACAAUCGAUCCUCCUCAUUGUUUCACACUAGUUUAAAAACUUUGUCAGCUGUGGACCCAAAAAUAAUAAAUUCUGACUUUUGUACUCCAGAAAGAUCUUUUAUCUACGGGGGAAAAUACCCAGGAUGUGAUUUUUUGUGCUCUUUCCUUUCAAUUUAAAUCUUAUAUAAGUAGGAUAAUGUAAAUGAGGGCAGGAAGCAGAACUUUGAGGGUGGGAGGGGUGUCAAACCACUGAGUGUUUUUGGCCUCUUUGUAGGUGAUUUACUGUCGAACUUCUUCUGAAAAACUAUGAAUUCUGUAUAUAAUGUAGCCAUGUUCAAGUAGAGUGUUUAAGAGUUUAAUUAAAUCUAUUAGAAGGUUUUCAGUGUCGCAUCAGAAGAACUGGCGUCCGUCUGCUGUUUCAGUUAUAAAAGAUGUUUUGAGUUUGUGCCUCUGAUGCAUCAUUAUGACAGUCGAGUCGCAGAGCAAAGCAUCAGUUUAUCUUCAGGAAACAUAAGUUGGGAAAAAGGUUAAAAAUAAGAUCCGAUAUGAAUCCAGAUACAUCGGCUACGAUCCGAUUCAGAGACGAUGCAAUCUGAUACAGUUCUUAACGCCGCUCACACAGGAUCUGGUAUUAAACAGUAAACAGUAAAAUGUGUUUGUCAACAGAUUUGAGGAGAGAAAUAGUCAACAACAGAAUCUGGAUCCAUAUCUGAUCAGCACUGUUUGACACUUUGAUCUGAGUUUGGUGUGUUGAGCUGGACGGACUCACUGAGAAUGAGCUGUCAAUCACAAGGUAGCCCCGCCCCUAAAGCAUACCCUGCUUUAUGGUCUGUUUUACUCUAAAUGGGACCAUCAGUUACUAAAUGAACAUCAUGCUGUAUGGAAGAAGACUGAAACUAGAGACUGAGACCAGAAACUCAUCAGGAAACUGUUUACUGAACUCAUACAUCAACUGAGAAGUCAACUCAUUUCUCCAUAAGACUGAAUGGUAAUGGGGCCGCCCCCUGCUGGUUGUUAAAUGGACUGCAGGUUUAAGACAGACAGAUCUUACAGAUGGACAGACUUUUAUCCAAAUAUCUUCCAAACUUUAGAUUUUAGAUUUGAUGGCGUGCAAUAAAUCCUGUUGGCGUUGACUCUGCACCAACGUUACUCUGGCGUUGACCUUUCAGUAGAGUGGAGACGCUGUUAGCGGCAAAGCUUCAGUCAACAGAUUCAUGACUUUAGAAUCGGACCAUCGACCGGUUUAUGGUACAUUCAGAUUCAUCCAGGAGUCCACGUACAGAUGUAGCUGCAACCGUAACAUUAAAAAUGAUUGCCGACUCAUAUCGGUGAAUCUUUACACUCCUGAUUAAAAACCUUUGUUAUUCGACUGCAGAUCGGCCUUCUGGGUGUUUUAUCUUUCAAACGGAGGCUCAGCUCUGUGAGUUGAAUGUAAUAUUGAUGCAUGAGACGAGCACACUGUGUGUAUGUGUGAGUAUGUUCUGUGUUUCUGUCUUCACUCUGAUUCAACUCUGUUUCACACAUAAUAAACAUGUUUUCCCGA